UCGACUUACGAUCGGCCAUAGAAUGACGUCAGUCACCGGGACCAUUCACAUUUGCGCUCCAUGGCGGGGACACUUCAUAUGCACAGCACGCCAGAAAUAUGGACCACCACAUCCUUCUCACAACCACUCAAUCUGGCAUACAUUCAAUAUGUUAUCACGACAAGCUCUCCGACUUCCUCGUAGUCCAUUCGCCACUUGCAUUGCAUCCAACCUUCGUUCCAUAGGCACGCAGCCAGGAAAGAACGACCGUGCAGGGAACCCAUACAAGUCUGACCAAGCGGGUGACCCAUUACACCAGCAGCUCAAGGCCAGCAAGGAGAAAGCGGAGAACCCGGAGGAGACUACGCCUCUUGAUGCAGCAGCAUCGGGCCACCAACCACGUCACAAAGCUGCUCGGGAAGAACCCGGGGGAAACCCUGAAGGUGUAGGGUUUGUCGAUCAAGUGGGAUCUCAGAGUUCCACUGCGAAUCGAACAAAGGAUUCCGACGUGCGUGGCGGGCGGCCGAACGAACACGAACGUGUUGGCGGGCAAGAGAACAUUACGCCUCCGUCGUUUGUAGAUGCGGUGAAGAAUAAGUUGGGAAUGAAGACGACUUCUGGGGAGGAUAAGCAGAAUCGCGGUGGUGGAGAGGGUGUUACCGGGACUGGGAAGCCUAGGUUUGAUACCGCAAAGAGGACACUGUGGACAAGUGCCGUGAAUAGGGCAGCUGCAUCCGAUCGUACUACGCAGGGGCAAGCUCCGGAUAAGAGCAGAGAACCGAAGGAGAGGACGAAUGCAGAGCAGAACCCACACUUGACGCACAAGUCGAGUUCUGCGAAGGACUCUGGUAAGGGAAACGCAGCAGAGGAACCCACCUUGCCCUCGCACAAGUUCAACGACCGCAAGUCCAAGAAGUCUCCAACAGCUCAACAAACUCGGUCCUUCUCAUCCUCCGCACGUGUCCGUGAGGAUGAACCAAAGCACACCGCAGAAUCCUACUUCAAAGACGUAGAUCAGGCACUCCCAAGUUCUUCCAAGACACAUCAAGUCGAUAGUUCUGCUACGGGGGCGAAGGUCCAACACGCACAAGAGCCUUUGACUGGGGGUUUCUCUCGGUCGGGUGUGGGAAGUCAAGAGUACGAGACGAUGGAUAGGAAACAUCCAUAUGACGUCCCGCCUUCUUCGGGACCGGACGCUGAGCAGAAGUUGAGGUAUGGAGGCGAACCCAACUUGAACUCCAAGGAGAACCAGAAUAGGAACAGUCAUUCUGAUGAGGGACCCGAGGGCGCGAGUAAGGCGGGGAGAAAGCCGGAGAGGAGAUCGUAAACCAUCGACAAUCAUAGGGCAUGAACAGUAGAGAACCCAGACCAUCAACGACGAGCCCUGCGUCCAAUUGUAUAGUAUAGGUGUUGUCCCUAUGUAUUGUAGAAAAGAGAUCCAGAGUUAGAUUUGAGACU